AUGGAUCGUAGUUUGUAUGUGAUUCCUAAUGAGACUCCGGUUUGUCAAUUGGACGCCACCGAGGCUUUCAAAGGUUGGUGGGGAAUUUUUUCAGUGGAAAUUAGAUUUUGACUCUCUGAUCACGAUCCCGUUUUCAAAAAUUGCUGAAUUCAAUUCUGGAGAUGAGUUAUGACGUGGCAAAUGAAAUUUUCGAGAUAUCAUGUUUUGACAAGGCUAGAACUAGCUUCAAAAAUGGUUUCCAUGGGAAUCUGAUAUCAUAGCGUUGUUUGGAAAGGCGAUAAUAUUGUAAAAAUGUUCUAUGAAUUUUCUGAAUACCCAGAAAUUUAUCAGAAAACCCAUAGAAAAUUGAUACAAUCUAAUCGUCCUUCCAAACAACGCUAUGAUCUUAGAUUCCCAUGGAAAUCACUUUUGAAGCUAGUUUUAGCCGAAAAUUUUAUUUACCACGUCAUAACUCAUUUUCAAAGUUGAAUUCAGUAACGGAAUCAUUAUCAGCGGGUCAAAAAUCAAUAUUUUCCACGUGGCUUCUGAAAAGCCCUCCGAAUUUUCAGCUCUCAACUCUCAAGAGAAGAAAUAUGCGCACUACAUCGCAAAAGCCUCAUUCGACGGAGCUUUGAGUGUUUUCCUCCAAGUUUCCCCCGAAUCCCCCGCAAUUCUCUAUGUCUUAUACAAGAUUUUCAAAACCGAAUCAAUCGAAAAUCUCAAGCAAAAAGCGAAAGAUGUCGGAUUUAGUGAUGAUGAAUUUGCGGCACUUUUAGUUUAUGCAGCCGCGUUUUAUUCGAAUUCUGGAAAUUAUAAAGGAUUCGGUGAUACGAAGAUUGUUCCAGGAGUUGCUGUGGAAAAAAUUGGAGCGCUUGUGGAGAAAUUGAGUGAUGAAAAGCUGAAAAAUGUCUGGAAAUCGAUUGAAAAAGUUGUGGGAAGUUUGGAAGCUGGAGAACUUCAAUUAGGAUUUGGUGACAAAGGAGUAACUUGUUAUCAUUCGAAAAAUGUGACAAAAAAAGACGCAGCAAAAAUUGAUCGAUAUUUUAAACUCAAAAAUAUUGAAUCGUGGAAUUCCAGACUUUUCAAGGAAGUGGAUUCAAAUGGAAAGGUUACAUUUAUUGUGAAAUUGGCUUCUGGAGAAACUGGAGAAGUUUCAGAAAGUUCUUUUGAAGAUGUUACUGUGAAAGUUGUGAAAGGAGAUUAUUCUCCAAUUAUGAAAAGAACUAAUGAGUGGUUGGCUAAAGCUAUUCCUGUUGCGGCAAAUGAAAAUCAGAAAAAGAUGAUUGAAAAUUAUAUUGCUCAUUUUACAAAUGGUGAUAUAAACCUGCACAAAAAUGGGUCGAGAUAUUGGAUUAAAGAUGUUGGACCAACAAUUGAGAGUUAUAUCGGGUUUAUUGAGAAUUACCGUGAUCCGGCUGGAACCAGAAGUGAAUUUGAGGGAUUUGUUGCGGCGGUUAACAAAGAGACUUCGAAGAAAUUCCAGAAACUUGUUGAGAAUGCGGAAGAGAUAUUGAAACGUCUUCCAUGGGGAAAAGCAUAUGAGAAGGACACGUUUUUGAAGCCUGAUUUUACUGCGUUGGAUGUUAUUGCUUUUGGAAGUAGUGGAAUACCCGCGGGAAUUAAUAUUCCAAAUUGUGAGUCGUUUUGGGUUCAGUGGAGAAUUUCCUAGAAAAUUAUGAUUUUUUGGAUCCAGAGAAGCUUGAAGCAAAUUUCUUAAAUACUUAAACUACUGUGAAUUUUUUCACUGUUUCAAAAAAUUUUGACUUUGAAGAGUCUAUGUUUCUCUCAAUUAAACACUGCUCACCGAAUAAUGGGGCUAUUCAUGUUAUUUUCUCAACGCUGAGAAAACAGGAGAAAUGCGAAGAAAACCUAUUCAGGUAGGCUGAGAAAAUACGAAAAAAGCGGAGAAAAUGUAUUUCCUCCGCAUUUCUCCUGUUUUCUCAACAUGCUGAGAAAAUACAUGAAUAGCCCCAUAAGAAAAAUAUUUUGAAAAUUCAGAAUUUUCAUCAGAAAUUACUGAAGUUUCCUGUUAAUGUUUGAAAAAAAACCUAUUCCAAAAUUGUGCAUUUUUUGCGUAUUUCUGAAUUUUUCAAAAAAAAAUCCAGAAAAUUGUGUUUUUUUUCACUGUUUCAAAAAAUUUUGAAUUUGAAGAAUCUAAAUUAUUUUCAAUGCCGUUGGCGUAGCUGAACGAAAAUUAUUUCAAGAAUCUCAGAAAAUUAAAGUGUUGCAAGAAAAGUUUUCCAAAAAAAUUCCCCCAAACUUCUCUAUUUUUUCCAGAUGAUGAUAUCCGACAAAAUGAGGGCUUCAAAAAUGUCUCAUUGGGAAAUGUGAUCUCAGCUCAACCAAAACAAAAAAUGAACUUUUUGGAUGAAGAAGAUGAAGAUCUUAUGUUCAAAUAUCACAAAGAUUCAUUUGAAGUUCAAGUUGGAUUACAUGAAUUAUUAGGUCAUGGAUCUGGAAAAUUAUUCCAAAAAAAUCAAGAUGGAAGUUUCAAUUUUGACAAGGAAAAUACGAAAGAUAUCAUAAGUGGCGGGAAAAUUGGAACAUGGUAUGAACCUGGAGAAACUUGGUCGUCGAAAUUCGGACCAUUGGCAUCGGCCUAUGAAGAAUGUCGAGCUGAAGCUGUUGGUUAUGUUUUGUGUUGUGAUAAGGAUAUUUUGGAGUGAGUUUUGGGGAGUUUUAGCUUGAAAAUAGGUGACAAUGAUCCUGAAAUGCUCUAUUUUCCAAUAAAAUUGAUCUCUGGAUCAUUUUUAGCUUAAAAUUCUGAAUUCUUAGCUUCCAAUCAUAUACAUAUUUUCAUCUUUGAAAUUGUGAAAAACGCUAGAAUUUGCCACGUGGAAUUUAUCAACGAAUUAUAAGAAUUUGGCAAUCGAAAACUAAAACUAUUGAAAAUUAUAUUUUUUCGUGAAAUUUCAACCAGAAAACUUCUAAAAAAUUUUAUUUUGAAAUUGUGGUAUUUGAAACUUUGAAAUAUAAUGAAAAAAUUUUGAAACAGCAAAAAUGAAUUUUGUGAACUCAUAAAUUUUGGUUCAAAUUUAUCCACAAUGUUAAUUUGUUCAAAAAAAAAAUGGCUAAAGACAGUUUUUAGAGCCGAAAAUUUGCCACGUGGAAUUAAGCGCUCAAAAUUUUUCAAAAAAUAUUAGGGAAACCGAUAUUUAAUGUGAAAAAUAAAUUCACACAUUUUAUGAAAUAAUUUUGAAACAUGGAAAAUUAUUUGGUACAAUUGUGCUUCGUUGAAAAACGUUGAAAAUUGAUCCAAAAAUGAAUUUAUGCAAUUUUUGAAACAGUGAAUUUUAUCGUAAAGUUAAAGAUAUCCCAAAAGUAAUAACGCCUAGAAAAUUUUAUUAAAAAAAUAUUGGAUUUUUUUUCGCAAAAUAAAAACAGUAAACAAAUCGAAAUUCCACAAUUUCGAAAAUUUUAUUCUGAUUUCUGAAACAUUGAAAUUUAAUUAGAAACAUUCGUGCUCGAGUGAUGAAAAUUGAUCCAGAAACUAUUUUCGCAAUUUCUGAAACAGUGAAUUUUUAAAAAAAAUCAAAUCUAAAUUCAAUUUUUCAGAAUCUUCGGCUACACUGGUGAUUUGGCACAAGAUGUGAAAUAUGUCAAUUGGCUCAGUGAAAUUCGCGCCGGUCUAAUGGCUCUCGAAUUUUAUCAAGCGGAGCAGAAAAAAUGGGGACAAGCACAUUGUUAUGCAAGAUAUGUUUUGACAAAAGUUGUAUUGGAAGCUGGUGAAGGAUUUGUGCAAAUUAUCGAAAAACAAGGAGAAGAUGGAAAACCAGAUUUGCAUUUCAAAUUGGAUCGAACCAAGAUUGAUUCGGUUGGAAAACCGGCGGUUAAUGCGUUUUUGGCGAAAUUGCAAGGAUAUAAAUCGACGGGAGAUUUUGAGGGAGGAAAAGCGCUGUUUGAAUCGUAUGGAAAAGUUGGAGAAACUGAAUUGAGAUGGAGAAAUGUUUGUAUUCAACGCAGAAAACCUAGAAGACUUUUUGUGCAGCCAAAUACUGUCGAGAAAAAUGGAGGUGGGCAGAAUUAUUGAAAAUUUUCAUAAAGAAAUAUAUUAGCAUGCGAAAAAAAUAGGAACUUGGAAAUUUUUUUCAAAGUAAAAUUCACUGUUUCAAAAUUUUGAUUUAUUUAUUUUGCUUUUCUCAAAAUUGUUUUAUCGGUAGACUACAAACAACUGAUCCAAGAAUAGUGAAUCUGAUUCCCGUGCAAUUUUGAAAUUAAAAAAAAAUUUUGAACCAUGGUUUUUGGCCUUAAACUAAUUUCACAAAAAAAAUAAAAUAAAAAUUCACUGUUUCGAAAAAUUCAUAAAUAAAAAUUGUAAAUUUUAGCAAAAUUGUUGGAUCGACGGUGUUUUUCGCAAUAAAAAAUCAGCCAGGAAAUUUUAUGUUUCAAAUUAUUCAUAUGAUUUUUCCAUCCGUGUGCAAAAUUCAUUUUCAAAAUGAAAGUAACUUUGAAUUUCAAUUUUUUUCAAAAAAUUCAUUUGAACAAUUUCACUGUUUCGAAAUAUUCAUAAUAUUUUUCUGUAAAUAGAAUAUUAUUAUUAACAUUCAUUAUUAACAUUCAUGAUUUAAAAAAGCGUUGAAUUUCAACCAGAAAAAAAAUUAUCUGAAAAUUUUCACUGUUUCAAAAUUCACAAAAAAAAGCAAAUAAUAAUUUUUUUCAAUGUUAUAUCCGUUUUCCUCUCAGAAAUCCAAUUGAUCACCUACAAUUCUGAUGCAUCUGGUGUAAUUCAAUCAUUUGUUGAAAGAUAUGAAGAAUUGGCCAUCGAAGAUUUGAUUCAAUGUUGGGAAAAUGACAAAAAAUGGUUUUAA